GCGUCCACCACAUCUGUUUGUCCUCCUUCAAAAUGACCAGCGAUGAUCAGUUUUUCUUUGACUACCUUGCCUCGAUACCUCAUGACGUCAGGAAGUAUUCCUCGAAGGUCGCCGAUGAGAUUGACCGGCAUGUCGACGAUGCCGCGAGAGUAAUCCGGGAUACACUAUCUCAGCAGUCAUGGCUUCCUUCUUCCAUCCGACCCAGUCCGAGGACAUUUCAGCGUCUUUCCCCUUCCCAACCCCGGUCCCUGACAGACCGCGUGCAGAAUUGGAUUCUUCGCAAUCAAGCAUGGUCAGCUGCCAUCUUCGCUUUCGUUGGGACCGGCUGUAUCCUGCUGUAUGGUAGCAGGAAAUUAAAUGGAAAGAGAAGAAAAGCGCGAAAAGCUGCGAAUGGUGCCAGGAAAGAGAUAGUCGUGGUCGCCGGUUCACCUCAUGAACCGUUGACUAGAUCAAUCGCGAGUGAUCUGGAGCGUCGCGGCUUCAUCGUCUACAUUACCGUGUUAUCUGAAGAGGAGGAGCAGAUCGUUCGGUCGGAGAAUCGGUUGGAUAUUCUCCCUCUAUGGCUCGAUUUGACAACCACAUUGUCAUCGCCGUCAGAAAUACAUCCGUCACUCAAUGCGAUCCGGUCCCUGAUCACGCAACCCCAACAUCCAACUCCUGGAAUGCCUCCGCACGUUUGUCAGUUGAGCGGCCUUGUCGUUAUCCCUUCGCCAGGCUAUGCGACAGGUCCCGUCGCAACCAUUCCACCGUCGGCUUGGGCCGAUACUGUAAAUACUCGAAUUCUGUCGCCGAUUCUAACGACACAACUUUUCUUGCCACUCCUUACCCUUCGCAACACCAGCAGUACCAUCGUUCUUGCAUACCCUUCUAUAUCGUCGUCCCUCUCUGCACCGUUUUCCGGCCCAGAGGUUGCAGCGACUCGUGCGCUGUCAGGAUUUGCAGCAUCUUUGCGAAGAGAGCUGCGUCUUCUACAGCGCAGCAACAUCGAUGUUGUGGAGUUGCGACUCGGUAAUAUCGACCUCGGCCCUCAUUAUCGAAACGCGCAAAGCCAGCUUGCCGGGACCGAAGUACUUGCAUGGAGCACGCAGCAACGCGCCCUCUACGGCCCACAAUACCUGAACAGUAUCGAACAGAGACCCAUGGCCUCCACCGGGCCGGGUGCGGUACGGGGCUCACCGGCCCGGAACCUGCACUAUGCGGUCUUUGAUGCAAUCGAGGCUACCCCAAGGAACAUCUUUGGGAGGAGGAAGGCGAAGGAAGCUGUUGUGUACGUGGGGCGCGGCGCACGAUGCUAUGGGAUCAUAGGCGAAUGGGUUCCUGGCGGACUUGUGGGGUGGAUGCUUGGACUGCGAAACGGUCACGGCCGCGGCCCAUUGUCUGACAGUGGCAGCGGGAGUAGCAGUGACGUGGGAUGGGAGAAGGUGUGAUGACGCCGUACAAUGUACCUGGAGGGAACUGAAACAUAAACAAUCGAUCUCAUCUUUUUGCAUACGUGUAUGACACUACACUAUAUCUACGGGCUCUUAAAACUAGCUGGUGCAUGAACGCAAGGGAAUGAAUGCCAUUGCAGAAUGGAAAAGGGGCGUGCAUACUGCACAGCCAGCUUCUAUGUAACCCCCUGGACGGCCGCGUAUGGGCACAGCGUCCGUGCUGACCGACGCUCAGCUUCGGCGUCCCGUGUGACGAUAAACUACAGAGCUGGCCCUUCUGAACCGGGCUGAUC